AACUACCAAGUUCAAGCUGUUCCAGUGAACCCACCCUUCUCUCUAACAUCUGCCUUUGAGUUAUUGAUGUAUUCAUACUCUGCAUACUGCCCAUUGAAGGAGGUGUCCAAUUGGACUUGUGCCUAUUGCAACACACAGUACACACCAGCUGGAGGUCUAGAGAUUGUAUCCACAUUCGAUCAUGUAUUCUCAAACACCUUCGGAUACAUUGGAAUAACUGAUAACACAAACACAGUUGUGAUGGCAUUCAGAGGAACUCAAGGCCCAGACUUGAGAAACUGGAUCACCAAUCUUAACUUCCCACAGGUGUCACCAUACCCAGCUGACCCAUCUGCAAUGGUCCAUCGUGGAUUCUUGGCCGCCUACAAUCAUGUCCAGAAGGCCACUCACGAGGGUCUGAUCCUCGCUCAACAAAAGUGUCCACACUGCACUAGAUUCGUGGCCACUGGACACUCCCUUGGUGGCGCCCUCGCCAUCUUGGCCGUGGCCGAUGUCUACCCAAGCAUUAUCAGCUUGCCACUCGAGAUGUACACAUACGGCUCGCCCAGAGUCGGCAACCCAGCCUUUAACGAGUACUUUGAGUCUACUGCCCUACAAUCAAUCUGGCGUGUGGUCAACUACCACGACAUCGUGCCACAUCUGCCAACCAAGGAGAUGGGCUUCCAUCACCUGCCCACCGAGGUCUGGAUCAAGUCGCCCUCCAACCACACUGAGUACGUUAUCUGCAAUGGCUCUGGUGAGGACCCUCACUGCUCUGACCACGCCAUCGUUGCCCUGAGCAUCCCAGAGCACUUGGACUACCUCGGAAUCGAGAAGCAAUACUGCUAA